GAAGCAAGCAUCGUCAUGACUACGGUAAAACUGGCAUUGGGACUCCUGGCUGUGAGCCUUUGUAUUUGGAUGACGAACGCAACCGGCAGCUCGACAACGAGUGCUGCCACGGCCACAACUGUAGCGGCCACAACUACGACUGCAGCAGCAACGACAACUACAACAACAGCGGCAACAACCGCUGCUACAUCUACGGUGCGUCGCAAGAAAAUCCGUAUAAGCAACCUGAAAUUUUCGUCCAAUCGGAGGAUCAGGGUUUACAGGAGCAGCACUGUGAGUAGCCUUCGCAACAGGAGUCGUUUGGGCAGACGGAUCGUGAGGGUUCGCAGUGGUAACCGUGUGUUGUCGCGGAUCUUGAACCAGCGCCGUAAUCAGGGAUAAUCCUCCCGGGAUAUCUACA